AUGGAUUUGUUGCAGUUAGAUGAUGAGGAACAGGAAAUCCUUCAAAUAUUAGCAGAGAAUGGAAUAAAAGUAACGAAUCCUAAGAAAAAACAUCAGAGCCGGAUACAAAUUUUAGAGAACAUUUUAGUAUACAAACCAGACAACGAACUCCUUCAUGCGAUUAAUAUAGCAGCCGAAUCCGAUCCUUCCUUUAAGUGCCCAAAAGAAUCCCCUUUAGAAGUUGAUGUACAAGCGUCGAACUUGGGUUCAUUACUUAGUGUUGCUACUGAAAAUGGUCCUGAAAUUGAAUUUGAAGACACAUUUUCUGUUACCGGGAUUGAUGAAGGUGCUCCUAAAUCGAAUGCUAUUAUUAAAAUAUGCGAAGCUUCGGAAGGUGUCAGUGAAUUGGAAAUCACGCAUUUUACUACCAAUGAUAGUCAAACAAUUGGAGUUGUAGAAGUGGAUGAAUCUGGACUUGAAACAAUUGACAAUGAAGUACCAGAGAAGCCCAAACGCAGAAAACAUGCUGCUUGUACAGAAUGGCAAAGAAAUAUAACGAAAGAAAAGAGAAUGCGGGGGAGAGAGUUAUUCAGGAUAUUCCAGAAAGGAAAAACAGGUUACGACAGGUAUACAAAGAAGUAA